AUGCAGCGCUGGCCCAUCGGCCUGCUGCUCGACGCCGUCGCCACGCUCGCCGGCACGGGUGGCAAGCAGCUGCUGCGGCACGCAGCGCUCACGGGCAAGCACCGCUACUACGCUCUCGGCCUCAUCCUCACGGCGGUCAUCGACCCAAUCUUUGACGUGGCGGCGUACACGUACGCCGCGCAGUCCAUCAUCGCCGCCGCCGCCGGCCUCGUCGUGGUGUGGAACGUGCUGCUGGCGCCGUACACGCUCGGCGAGGCGCUCACGCGCGAGCGCAAGCUCGGCUCGGCCCUGAUCUUUUCCGGCACACUGCUCGUCGGCGUCAGCGGCAGCCACGCGGAGGUGGAGCGGACUCCGGCGCAGUACCUCUCGCUCUUUGCGCGGCCCGAGGCCUGCGCCUACUACGCCUCCUUCGCGGCCUGGAUUGCCGUCUGCGCCGCGCGCCUCUGCCGCGUCGGGGCUGGCAAGGUCGAGCGCGGCUUCCUCGUCGCCGCCGCCGCCGGCUCGCUUGGCGGCAACACCUUCACCACCAAGGCCGCCUCCGAGCUCCUCGCCAGCGGCGCGGCAGACCCGGAGUGCGACGGCUGCCCGUUCCGCUCGCCCGCGUUUUACCUCCUCGCCGGCUGCACGGCGGCGACCGCCUCGACCGCGCUGCUGCUGCUCGGCCUGGUGCGCGCUCUAGACUUCCACACGGUGUGGCACAGCGCGCCGUCGCCACAGCUUGCCACCUGA